CGUGGUGAGAAGGGGGCGGGAAGACGGACGCGCUCGCGAGGCACACACAUACAUACACACACACGGAGAGAGCGGGAAGGGAGCGCGCAUUGGUCGUCCGGUGUUACGAGUGACCGACCAGAAGAGCGGGAGGGGUCGGUGAGCAGCGCGAGGAGGAGGAGAGACAGAGCGGGAGGAGCGGAGACAAGGCCGAGGCCCCGGGGCAGCCAGCAGAUAACUGCCAUGAUGAACGGUUCAAAUCUUGGGAACUCCACGUCCAACAACAAGUCCAAGGACGAGCAGGUGGUAAACGGACACGACGAGAAUGAAAACAAUCCGUUUGCGGAGUACAUGUGGAUGGAGAACGAAGAGGACUUCAACAGACAGGUGGAAGAGGAGCUACAGGAGCAGGACUUUCUAGACCGCUGCUUCCAGGAAAUGCUGGAUGAGGAAGAUCAAGACUGGUUCAUUCCUUCUCGUGACUUGCCGCAGGGUGUCGGGCAGUUGCAGCAGCAGUUAAAUGGUCUCUCAGUCAAUGACACUCAUUGUACGGAGGACAUCUUGAGCAAAAGUACCCUGAAUCCCGACGCAAAGGAGUUUGUUCCCGGAGUGAAGUAUUGAACAUUACAGGCAACUUUUUAAAAACAAAACUAAAAAAAAAAAAAAAAAUACACAAAAAGACUGUUUCCUUAUACCUUCAGGAUAAAGCUGCACAAAAAAAGA